UACGCGAAUUUUUUCUCGCAGCUUCCAGAAUACCCCACCAGUGGCCGCACGUGUCAGAAGUACGCGGCAUCAACAUGGACGGCAUCGCAGUUGGUCUUCACAAAGGACAUGUCGUUUCCAAGCGCAAGCUUGCCGCACGACCUUCACAGCGAAAGGGGAAACUCGGGAAACGUGUUAAGAUGAUCCGCGACCUCAUCCGAGAUGUCGUCGGUAGCGCUCCUUAUGAAAAGCGUCUCAUGGAGCUUUUGAAGGUGGGCAGAGACAAACGGGCGCUGAAGCUGGCAAAGAGAAAGCUUGGAACUCAUCUUCGAGGCAAGAAGAAGCGAGAAGAGAUGGGCAACCUACUUCGCAAGAUGUCUCGUAAAGCUGCUCCAAAUGCUUAGAACAUGAUCCCGACUUCACGAUGCUUAGAACGAGCUCGUCAUUUCCCGCCUUCGUUUCCCUAUGGAUUGAGGGCCUUUGAACUUAGGUUUUUUUCCUAUCGAACCCUAGGCUAAGAAAUGCGACAUCUGCUGCGGCACGGAGCUCAUAUGAUCGUCGCCUUCCCUUAACAUUAACAACUCAUAUGAUCGUCGACUUCCCUUGACAUCUACAAUGCCAUUGGCAUCUCCCUCAUUACUUGAUACUUUUGCUUCAUCCACUUUGCUUGGGAAAGGAAGUACAAAUCAAGCAUAACCCUUUCUGCAGGUGGGUUUAGACCAUAUCCUGCAGAGCAGACCUUCGAAAGAAAUCUUGGCAUUCACCUCACAAUUCGGACGAUAAUUUUACUAUUUUAUUUAUGCAUAAUGCCCCCGCGUCCAUAAAUCUAGGCCAUCCUGUGCCCAGCCAUCAGAAAACUUUCCCCUAAAAUAUCUAGUGAGUGCGACUCGCCCAUCUCGCAGCAAACCUGAAAGAGUUUGCCUCCCCACCCGCACUGCAUCUCGCUUUAAAGCACCAGUCCCGGAAUACUGCAGGCUUAUGCGAUCACCAUGAUUGGCCCAGAGUCUACGGUGCAACCUACUUAACCUUCGAAUCAUGCUGUCGCCAUCUUGAGGCAGCACUGCACAAAGUUGUUCUUGCAAGGCAAUUUGAGCAAGCCGACACUGAAAAAUGUUUGUGCGAUCGAGGCAGUCUUUACAGUUUACCCUGAAGACACCAUCCUGCAUUCGCGUCACAACACUUUCGGUUCCUUCGUCCAGUGUAAUAGCAAAGUAACCUUGGUGACAUAUUUCCAA